AUGGAUGCGCCAUUACAGGUUGCCAUUGUUGUUGUUCGGCUUCUUUCACAGCUUUGGAAGAAACCCAUUGUUGCGGUAAAUCAUUAUGUUGCUCAUAUUGAGAUGGGAAGGGUUGUCACUGGAGUAGAUGACCUUGUUGUGCUAUAUUUUGCAAGGGUUCUAACUCUGUCUAAUGAUCCAAACCCUGGGUACAACAUUGAGCAGGUUGAUUUUGGUAUCCUCUCCCCUCCUGCCUUCUUAAAAGACAAAAGACACACAAAGACAACUGCAAGUGAGGCUUUGAGACUGUUUGAUAAUUUUCUUAAUCUUUAA